AUGUCUAAAAAUAAUUUAACAGGUGCUCAGAUAAUUGCAAAAUCUCUUAAAGAGCAAGGCAUUAAUGUGGUUUUUGGAAUAGUCGGGAUUCCAGUAGUUGAGGUUGCAGAAGCAAUAAUAUCUGAAGGAAUACGCUUUAUAGGUUUUCAUAAUGAACAAUCACUUAGUUAUGCGGCAGGAGCUUAUGGAUAUUUAACAGGAAGACCUGGUGUGUGUUUAGUAGUAUCAGGUCCUGGUGUUGUACAUGCAAUGGCAGGUGUCAUGAACGCAAAAGUAAAUUGUUGGCCAUUGUUGCUUCUUGGUGGUUCGUCAGAUAUUUACCAGGAAGGAAUGGGUGCUUUCCAAGAAUUAGACCAAGUAACAUUGUGCCAACCAAACACUAAAUAUUCAGCAAGACCAACUGAUCCAAAACAAAUUCCAAAUAUCAUUGACAAAGCUAUAAAGUUUUCAAUUUAUGGUCGACCUGGUCCUGUUUAUGUUGAUCUACCUGCAAAUUUCAUACAAGCUACAAUUGAUAUUAGUAGCAGUAGUGAGGCCGUAUCAAUAAAAUUUCCCAAAGGUCCGAUUGAUCCACCUAAAUCAUUAGCAAAUACUGAUGAUAUUAUCAAAGCUGUACAACUAUUACAAAAUGCUAAGAGCCCAUUAAUAAUUAUUGGUAAGGGAGCAUCAUAUUCACGAGCUGAAAAAGAAAUCAAUCAAUUGAUUGAACAUACAAAUAUCCCAUUUCUUCCAACACCAAUGGCUAAAGGAGUAGUACCUGACACACAUCCAUUAUGUGUUGCAGCUGCCAGAUCAAAAGCAUUAAAAGAUGCAGAUGUGAUACUAUUGUUAGGUGCUAGGCUUAACUGGAUACUUCAUUUUGGUUUACCACCUAAAUUCAAUAAAAAUGUAAAAAUCAUUCAGGCAGAUGUAUUACCAGAGGAACACUAUCAAAAUUCUAGAAUCUAUGUGGCGUUACUUGGCCAUCUACCAAAUGUUGUUUCACAACUCAUCUCAACCAUACAAACAACACAUUUUAAAUAUUCAAUUGCUAAUUCAAAUAUUUACCAGGAAGGAAUGGGUGCUUUCCAAGAAUUAGACCAAGUAACAUUGUGCCAACCAAACACUAAAUAUUCAGCAAGACCAACUGAUCCAAAACAAAUUCCAAAUAUCAUUGACAAAGCUAUAAAGUUUUCAAUUUAUGGUCGACCUGGUCCUGUUUAUGUUGAUCUACCUGCAAAUUUCAUACAAGCUACAAUUGAUAUUAGUAGCAGUAGUGAGGCCGUAUCAAUAAAAUUUCCCAAAGGUCCGAUUGAUCCACCUAAAUCAUUAGCAAAUACUGAUGAUAUUAUCAAAGCUGUACAACUAUUACAAAAUGCUAAGAGCCCAUUAAUAAUUAUUGGUAAGGGAGCAUCAUAUUCACGAGCUGAAAAAGAAAUCAAUCAAUUGAUUGAACAUACAAAUAUCCCAUUUCUUCCAACACCAAUGGCUAAAGGAGUAGUACCUGACACACAUCCAUUAUGUGUUGCAGCUGCCAGAUCAAAAGCAUUAAAAGAUGCAGAUGUGAUACUAUUGUUAGGUGCUAGGCUUAACUGGAUACUUCAUUUUGGUUUACCACCUAAAUUCAAUAAAAAUGUAAAAAUCAUUCAGGCAGAUGUAUUACCAGAGGAACACUAUCAAAAUUCUAGAAUCUAUGUGGCGUUACUUGGCCAUCUACCAAAUGUUGUUUCACAACUCAUCUCAACCAUACAAACAACACAUUUUAAAUAUUCAAUUGCUAAUUCAAGUUAUUUUCAAUCUCUGAAUAAAAAGAUCAAUGAGAAUAUCACAACAGUUCAGAAAAAGUUUCAAGAUGAAAAAAUUCCCAUGAGUUAUCAUCGUGCAUUUUGGGAAAUUAAGAAAAGAUUGCCAAAAAAAAAUUUUGUUAUGGUUAGCGAAGGUGCUAAUACUAUGGACAUUGCAAGAUCUGUUUUUGAUUUGGAAGAGCCAAGAUGCAGAUUAGAUGCAGGAACUUUUGCAACUAUGGGAGUUGGGAUUGGAUUCUCCAUUGCAGCAAAAUUAUGCUAUCCAAAUAAACGGGUAAUAGCAAUUGUUGGUGAUUCAGCAUUCGGUUUUAGUGCAAUGGAAAUUGAAACAGUUGUACGUGCACAAAUUCCAAUUCUAAUUAUUGUAAUCAAUAAUAAUGGCAUCUACCAUGGACUUGAUGCUGAUUCUUAUGCAAAAAUACCAAUCAACCAAUUACCAUCAACAGCUUUACUACCAAAUCUAAGAUACGACUUAGUAGCUGAUGCAUUUGGUGGCAAAGGAUAUUUUGUAAAAUCACCCAAAGAAUUAGAUAAUGCUCUUGAAGAAACAAUCAGUGAUGAGAGUAAUAGUUGCAUUGUUAUUAAUGUUAUGAUCGAACCUGGUGGUAAUAAAAAAUUGGAAUUUGCAUGGAUGGAAACAACUAAAUCAAAGUUAUAA